CGCAUUCCCCUGCGCUCCGCCAGCGCUCUGUUUUGUGAUGAGGCGGGAAAUGGCGUCCGUAGACACGGCUGUUCUGUGACUUAGCCACUGAGAGACGGAGACGGCUGGCGGCAACAACCACGGCUCGACGCCUCGCGGUGGCCGCCACGGUCGCGAGGGCAGACUGACAACGCUCUCGCGGGCUUCACCGAGGACCAUAAACCAUCGGUUUUUCUAUGUGACGUCGGCGCAGGAUGAGGCUGAGAGUGCGUAAAGCUCCUCAGCAGCUAAACAAAGGCCACAGAACGCACCCGGCGCCGGCCAAGCGAAAGCACCAAGAAGUGGAGCCGUCCCCGGCGAGGGGCCGAAGCAAAAUGCAGAAGAAUGAAAGCGGGCUCCUCUCCACCAUAAAGAAAUUCAUCCGCGGCAACGCUGUGAAGGUGGAGCAGGAAAUCCCAGCCAAGAGAAGUCGCAUCGAUUGUAAUUCAGCCAAUGAGCUCAUUACUUCAACGCCCCAGACGCGAGGCCCGUCCAACAAGCCGGUCUCAAGAGUUUGCCGGAAAACGCAAAGCAAAGACACAAUGACCUGCAACAGUAAACCCAUGAAACCAAACGGCAAACUGGAGGCCCCCGCCGACUCGCCCAGCAGCCCGCCACGCACAACCCUGCUGGGGACCAUCUUCUCUCCAGUUUUUAACUUCUUCUCACCAGCAACUAAAACUGCCACUCCAGGCUCUGAUUCGCCGGGCCAAGCAGUAGAGGCGGAGGAAAUCAUCAAACAGCUGGACAUUGAGCAAGCAGAAGAAAUGCCCAGCAGUACCCUGACGUCCCGGGAAGGAAUCACUCCGUGUCACGCUCUCCAGAUGUUACCGCAGAGGCUUCAGAUCACCUCCGACACGACCAUCGAGGAAGGAGAGAUCGUCACCGAAACUGACAUACCCCCAUUAACAGCUCCUGGGUGUAUGCCAGACGGCAGCUACCCACACGCUUUACCUUCAGCACCUGCAGAAACCUCGUAUGAGGAGGACUGGGAAGUUUUCGACCCGUACUUCUUCAUCAAGCACGUGCCUCCGCUGACAGAAGAGCAGUUAACACGUAAACCAGCGCUACCUUUAAAAACACGCAGCACGCCCGAGUUCUCUCUUGUUUUGGAUCUGGAUGAAACGUUAGUCCACUGCAGUCUGAACGAGCUAGAAGACGCAGCUCUGACAUUCCCUGUGCUCUUUCAAGACGUUAUAUACCAGGUCUACGUCCGACUGAGGCCCUUUUUCCGGGAGUUUCUGGAGCGCAUGUCUCAGUUGUACGAGAUUAUUCUCUUCACCGCUUCAAAAAAGGUCUAUGCAGAUAAGUUGCUCAACAUCCUGGAUCCGAAGAAACAGCUGGUAAGACAUAGACUGUUUCGGGAGCACUGUGUGUGUGUUCAAGGAAAUUACAUCAAAGACCUGAACAUCCUUGGACGGGAUCUCUCUAAGACGGUCAUAAUCGACAACUCACCCCAAGCCUUUGCUUAUCAGCUCACUAACGGGAUCCCAAUCGAGAGCUGGUUUGUGGACAGAAACGACAACGAGCUUCUGAAGCUGAUUCCUUUCCUUGAGAAACUUGUGGAGCUGAAUGAAGACGUGCGGCCGCACAUCAGGGAGCGGUUUCGUUUGCACGACCUCCUUCCUCCAGACUGAGCGGCCUUCGCUGACGCGUCACUUCAGCACCGAGGAAAAGACUCAACAGAAGGAUGUAUUCAGUGAUUUCUCUCUUUGCGUACACAUUGCCGUUGCUUCAAAAAAACAAACAAAAAAAAAAAAACACACGUUAAAAAAACAGAGAGCUCUGUUUGAUUGAAAAAGUCCUGGAUGUUCAUAGAAAGUGGAGCGGGAGCAGACGGCUAAGGCGUCCGUUUUCAGAUUGACAAAAGUGAAUGUCGUCGGACGUUGGUUCAUACGGACCUUGUUGGUUUCAGCCUGACCACAAAGGGCCCGUCCAACCUGUAUAUUAUUCAUUCUGGCUACUUGUAAAUACAUGUACAUAACUUGUUUUAUUAUUUUUUUCCCCCCCUUAAUGUUUUUAAGUCAUUUUAUUUUCACUUUGGACUUGAGUAUGUACUCUUUUGAUCGGUUGCUUUUUUAUAAAACCCACAAAAUGUCAUGUUUUCAUUGAAAUUAAGCAGCUGCUUUUUCUGUUGUAUGCCUGCAGUAUCCCUGUGACGCUUUGCCCCCCCCAUUAUGCGCAGUCAGCCGUGGAAAAUAGGAAAAGUACCUUUCUGAAAUAUUUUAAAGACGUAUAAGCUAGAAUAAGGUCUCAAAUGAAUACAAAGCCAUAAUGGCCAAACGAUAAUUUUAGAGAUUUGUAUCUGAGAAUCCAUUUCUGAUUUCGAUACUUCGAUUGUCCUCUUUGAGGAGGGGGUUUGUGGGAGGGCGGGGGGGGGGGGGGGGGGUGGUCCAGGCAUCUUGCACUUUGGCAUCCAGCCCUUUGUAAGUUGAUAUAAUAAAGUCUUGUCACUUUUUUACACAGGUGUGCGUCACCUAAAUUUGUUAUCUGGGGGAAUAAAAAGAAAAUCGUAGCACCAGCAAAUCGCCAACAUGUUUGCUUUCAAAUCUUGUUUUCCAAACCGUCUUGUACGUCGGAUCUCUGUAAGAGUCACAGGUUUUAUUGACUAUUGAAUGAUCACUCCUGGUGUAUUCAGUGUUACUUAAUGGUUUUCUUGAAAAUAAAUAAAUUUUAUACGA